CCAUCCGAUCAGCUGCGCACACACACACACACACGGUCAUGCAGAGAGAAAGCAAAGGGGAGGAAGGGAGAGAGAAAGAGAGAGAGAGGUAGAGCGCCACACACAACGAGGGAACCCCAUCAGCUGGAAGUCGAGUAACAUUACAACUCUCAGCAGCCCGAAACUACUACAUCACAAGGACGAGAGAUCCACAUCUUGUUUGAGGAUUUAUCCUGCGUCUGAUACGGGAGUUGUGCUCUAGAACAUCACUAUCUUUCUCUGAUUUACGGAGACUGUUUGCUGGUUUUUUUAAUUUAUUUUUUUUGGAGGUUGGGAGGGGGGGACCAAACUGGCGAAAGGCGAGCAUGGAGUAUUUCAUGGUACCAGCUCAGAAGGUGCCCUCUUUGCAACAUUUCAGGAAAACGGAGAAAGAAGUGAUUGGAGGUCUUUGUAGCCUGGCCAACAUUCCUCUGACCCCAGAAACAGCUCGGGACCAAGAGAGGCGAAUUCGCCGAGAGAUUGCCAACAGCAACGAGCGUCGGCGUAUGCAGAGCAUCAAUUCUGGUUUCCAGUCACUUAAAACACUCAUCCCACACAGUGAUGGAGAGAAGCUGAGUAAGGCCGCCAUCCUGCAACAGACAGCAGAGUACAUUUUUACUUUGGAGCAGGAGAAGACGCGGCUACUGCAGCAGAACAAUCAGCUCAAACGAAUCAUACAAGAGUUAAGUGGUUCCUCUCCGAAGAGGAGGCGUGCAGAGGAGAAAGAUGAAGGGAUCGGCUCACCAGACAUCCUGGAAGAGGAAAAGAGCGAGGACUUACGGAGGGAGAUGAUUGAGUUAAGGCAGCAGCUGGAGAAAGAGCGCUCAGUCAGGAUGAUGCUGGAAGAUCAGAUGCGCUCCCUGGAUGCUCAGAUGUACCCUGAGAAACUGAAGGUGAUCGCCCAGCUGGUCCAGGAGCAGCAGUCCCAAACACAGGGCCUUGUACACCUGCAGCAGCACAAGCAGCUGGAGAGAGACCUUACUCCAGCACACAGCCCACAGCAGGUGUUGGCCCCAGCUACCCCUCCUGCACCUACACACCAUGCUACAGUCAUCGUCCCUGCACCUGUCCAACCUCCACAGCCCCAUCAUGUAACCGUGGUAACCAUGGGCCAAACAUCUGUAAUCAAUACGGUCUCCACAUCUCGACAGAACCUGGACACCAUCGUUCAGGCAAUCCAGCACAUCGAGGGCAACCAGGGGAAGGGUGGCAUCGGCGAGGAGGAGCAGCGGAGGGCGGUCAUUGUCACUUCUGGUCGGGUGCUCUCUGAUGCGGCGGGCUCAGACACGGCCUCAAACAGCGACGGGCCUGACGACUGCUCUCUGCCCUGAGUUCAGCCCCGGCGUCUUUGCACGCACACGUACACACACACACACACACACACACUUAGAAUCAAAAGGCCCGAGCUGACCGGGGCUACAUGAUGCUACAAACCCACAUCACUCUUGUUCAGUGGACAUUAUUAGGGCUGGUAGACAGAUUGAAGCACUCUUUGUUUUUUGUGUUGUUUUUUUUUUUUCCUUGUCAGUAUACACUCUAACAUGUUGAAAGGCAGCCCGAAUAGGUUUACACGUAGUUACAUAUACAUGCAGUCUCUUCUGCAUCCUUUCUCUCGCUUACCUUCAGCACUCUGCUUUCUCACUCACAAACUCAUGUCUUCUUAAUAAUCGUUAGAAAGGUUUUUAGAGCGACGUCUUCGCUGAUUGACCUACAAGCACUCUGUUAAACUGGAAACUAGAAUUUCAUGUGUCUGCUAAUCACCGGGACUGUUCCCCUGAAGUCAUACGACAGUUCGGCAAAACAGGAGAAACAGUCAGCAAAAAGCCCUGAAGUGUGGCGCUGUCACCACCCGACACAGAGCAUCUCCGUUAAACAUCCUUUAAACCUCCUCCUCUGAGCUGUGUGGAGAGACACUGUGAGCUAACAAGACUUCUACUCAAGUUCCACCUUGUAGGCUUCUGGAGGACAGAUGAUGUUAUUUUUCUCUUGUGAAGUCUACUUUUACAUGUUUUGUUUCUUUAUGGCUCCAUCAGCCAGCGAGUUAAAGUGAUUGUACUGGAAAAAAAAAAAAAGCUUCUUGUUACUGCGAACCAUUUCACAGGAAAUGAAGCAACGCUCGAAGAAAGAAAAAAAAAAAAGAGCGCGCUUACUGGUUCACAAGUUUGUUUUUUAUUUUUUUUAUUUGUUUGUCAUGAUUCUUUUACUGGGCUGGGUUCCCAGUAAUCCCCCUUUUUCUUUAUACUUUUGGCCGGUCAGAAAAAUGCUUUGACAUUUCUUUUUUUUUUUUACAUCCUCCCCUCUCGAAUAUGAAAGUACCUGGCUUGUUUAAAUAAGCUAAUCUGUGGGCGAUCUUGAGUGAUUUCCACUGAUGUGUGUGUGUUGUCCCUUUGUUGCAUUCUUAAUCAGCAGAGCUUCGUUGUAUCCCAGACUCUGGAAGUCUGCAAAAGCACUGCUUUGCCUUGAAAUCAAGCACUCACACAUACAAAAAAAAAAAAAAAUGACUGACAUACAAUCACCUGUAAAGGAGUUGGAUGUAUCUAGCCCUUAAGGAUCUAGUUUGUUGUCCAGAUGUUAGGACGCAUAUCAAACAAGAGUACACGUCAAACUCAUGGGAAAGCUUUGAGAAAUAGUUUGAAUGUGUAACGGAGGUCUACAAAACAUGCUCUAUGCAUUUCCUUACAUAGAUCAUUUGUCCUUGUGCGCGCUCUUUGUCAAGUGCACAAUACUAUUUACAUGUUUUUUGCAUAGAUUUAUUUUUUUCUUUGCAUGAAAAGUGUUGUUUGACGGACAGAACUUUUGACAUGUAGCUGAGAGUGGCAGCAGCUCGCCUUACUGAUAACCCAUGGUAGCAGGGAGGCACGGUGCAGCCAGCCUUAACACAGCCCUGGGUCUGAGAGGCGUACCUGAACACUUGAUGUGUGCUGUUUGGGUGGCAACUGGAAUCUUUUCCAAACAGGCCUAAAACCCAGGUUGUGUUAGAAUACGUGUUCCCGGUUAUUCUCCCCAUUUCCACUUAUGUUCAUUUUGUUAAGUUAGCCUUAAAGAUGAACAGGUUGCUGGUUUUCUCAUUUCAUUGAAGCGCUCCUGAUACUUCCCCCCCAAAGUUUUCAUAAUGUAUCUUAACACUGACUUCUGGUUGCAUCCACAUCUCUGUUUGCAACAGUUUCCCCCUUUUGUGUGCACUAUUAAAGGCAGAUUUGUGGAAAUGAAAUUCCACAUUGUAAAUUUGACAUUCCAUGUAAUUUUUUUACUAAGUUCUUUUCAUCAGGUUACUUUACUGAAGUUGCACCUGGUGUAUCCUGAGAUUGCAUUUACCUUUAGAGCUUUUGACACAUCACAGUUUUUAUUUGUUUAGCAUUAUUAUUUGUGACAAACCCCUGCAUAAGUGCAUCAAUGGAAGUUUGAAAUGCUGGCUGGAUAAUGUGUUUACUUGAACACAUUUCAACUAUCAUGUUUUUCUGUCAUGGAACUACCCUUUAAAAAAAAUAUUGGUGUCAGCUGCACUGAAAUAAGUGACACGUCUGUCAAAUCAAAUCAUGGGAUAUAUUCCCAGUACUUAUCACUUUAGGAAAGGGAUCCUAGAUAUAAAAUUAAAAAAAACAAAAAACGCGGUUUGCGAGCUCUUCUUUUUGUAGAGCCCUCACUUUUAAUAUUUUUUCGUUCUUCUGAUAAAUCCCAGAACUGUUUAAUGUCAAUGUGUUUUACACUCUGUUCUGUGUUUUAGGAAAUGUUACGUGGACAUAUCAGAUUGUUAGCUGAGUGGGGUGGGCCUGGGGAUCGUUAAAUGGGGACAAAGUUAACAAAGCACUUACAGUACUAUAUAGGAGUCCGCCUCUUUCUUUUGGAUGAAGGGGCAUCUCCUCAGCUGAAGCUCUUGAGGUUAUAUGUAGAAACUGCACAGCUGUGUAUCCGACUUUCUCCCCCAGUGUCCAGUCCUCCAUCUUAUCCCGUUUGCCCUCGCAUGUUUUUUUUUAUUUUUUAAAUGCUCAUCUAUUGUCAUUAUCUCUCGUUUCCCUUCUCAUUUUGCAGCUCUUUUUUCUCCCUCUACUUUUGUCUGUUCUCUGUAACUUUUUUCGUUCGACCAGUCUGUGCAUAUGGUCAUCAAGAAGCUAUUUUGUUUUUGAUUUAUAAGAGAAAUGUUUUGGGGAUAAAGAGGCUUGUGCCUUUGUAAAGACAGAAUAAUAAAGUUUGUACUUUGUUUUUUA